AGCCAAUCAGUGGCUGUGGAGAGGGGGAGCGUUAAACCGGGCACGCCAUGGCGAGAGUGUUCGAUGCUGCAAUUGUUGCGGCUCGGACAAGCUGAUGGCGUAUCGAUUUUCAGAAGUGCAGCAGCCAGUCGAUCAGCUUGCGUCCUUAAAUCCUUGCAUCGGCGUCUGAGCUCUCAGGGAAGCUUUCAGCAAGGCGUCGCUGGUACUGUCAAAGUUUAUUUCCUGAUUGGUUCACGGACUCGGUUUCUGAGCCCUGAGGAAAUCCUCGCGAAGAGGAAAUUCGGCGGCUGCGCACUACCAAGGACGUGUUGGCAUAUUUUCUGGCUCAGCGGGACAAGCUGAUACCCGCAGAUGUGUGCUGCAUCCUUGAGGCAUUGUGGUCCAGGUCCCAGGAGCACGAAGACAUCAAGGCGGCCAAGAAACAACUUUUCAACGAUGCCGACUUCAUGGCCAUCAUGAAAGAUGUGCUCUUCAAGCUGGACCGAUACUCGGCACCCGAGCUGCCGCGCCUGCUGGGGGCGCUGUUCGACAUGCGUUGGAACGACCGGCAGCUCUUCAAGAUUGUGGAACCCAUGGUGAUCCAGCACUUGCCAUCCAUGGAUUGUGGGAGCCUGCCUUUGGUGGCACACAGCUUCGUUGGCAUCCGCUGUGGCAGCCGCUUGCUCUUCAACGAGUUGGUGCAUCGCUGCUUCCAAUCGGAGCAUUUUACGCCUGAGGGCGUGGCCUCCCUGACAGCGGCCUUCGCCAAGGCCCCGCACAAACCCAAGACCUUCCUGAUCGGCUUUGCCCCGGUGGUGUCGCAGCACCUGCCAUCCUUUACUGCUGACCAGCUGCAAAGAGUCUUGCUGGCAUAUUCAGAAUGGCCGGCCGAAAUUCCUGCAGAGUUCAUGGAGCAACUCGCGCAUUUCCUGGUGCAAGACAAUGCGCAGAUGAUUCGGACAGGCUUGCCUGCACAACAAUUGGUGACGAUCCUGCGUUUUCUGGCUCUUUGGAGUGCACGGGCAAAGGCAGCUAGGGAAGACCCAGGAGCGAGGCGAGCAUUUGAGCCCAUCUACAUUCUCUGCGCGAAAACGCUGGUUGCUGCAUGUGAUGAGCUUACAACUGAAGAGUCAUCUCAAGCCAUGUGGGCCUAUUGUAAAAUGAAACUUGUUCCCAAGGUUCUUUUUCAGAGACUGUACAGCAACAUAUUGCCAUCCUUCCAACAACUCUCCUUGCCCAGCUUGGCUCCCUGUCUGCUAAACACAGCACGAGCUGCCUCUGGCCAAAUGCAGUUUUGGGAUGAUGCACAUCCCACCGAAGCGAUCACGACGAGAGAUUUGCCACGGGACUACACUUUGUUCGAAGACCGGCGUUUGCUUUUGGCUGCGGAGACCCACAUUGUGAGGUGUAUGGGGGACAUCGCUCCACGUGAUCUCACAGCUGUAGUGCAGGCCUACAGCCUGGCCCACGUGGGGUCUCCGGGCCUGUUCUCGGUGCUGCAGAGGGCGGCGAUGGAGCAAUGCCGGCAGCUCCCAGCGGAGCAGCUCAGCUCCCAGCUGAGCAGCUUUGCCAUGCUGCGGCUGGGGCCCUCCUUCGCCCGGGAGGCCCAGAUCGACAUCCUGGACCGCCUGGCCCAGCUCCCAGUGACUGCGGUCUGCGACAUUUUGUGGGCCUUCUGCGUGCUGCGGCACCGUGACCCCCAUUUCUUCAAGGCGCUGCUGGGCAUUUUGUCCCCCGGGUCUGUGGCAAACCGGCGCUGCGCCUGGCUAUGCCCCGCUCUGCUGGAGAUUAGGACUCACUUCCCGGAUAUGGACCCGGAGGGUUUGGACCGGUACAUGGGCUACGUGCAGCCGGACUUCCGGCACGUGCAGCUACGGCAAGCAGCCCCGGAGUCAGCCCGCAAGUCUUUGCGGAGCUGCCUGGAACAAGCUGGACUCCAGUGCACUGAGUUGGUGGAGGUUGACGGCUACAUAGUGGACGUGCUGGUGGAAAGUGGAGAUUUGGAGAAGCCGGUGGCCAUACAAUACCAUUCAGCACCCCGCACGCUACAUUUGUCUACUGGAGAGCCAUUGGGCGGGACCAUGAUGAAGCAGCGGUAUUUGCGCGCCCGCGGAUUUUGCGUGGUGAACAUUUUGGACAAGUCCUGGGAAGAACUGGACGAGCGAGCGGAGGAUCUCUUGCAGCAGGUUCGGCAGGCUCAGAAGCAGCCAACUGGAAGGAGUUUUGUUGGCCCGGCAGCAAAAGGCCGCAAGUGCUUUGGCUUCUUUUUUUGA